AUGCACCGCCAUCCGCGCUUACUGCUAUUGCGAUGGCUGACGGGCAGCCCCAACCACAGCCCGCUGAGCAGCACCAGCCACGUCCGAGUCGACGACGAGAGAAACCGCAAUUAUCAUGCACUUUAUGUAGACGAAGAAAAUUACGAUGUGACAGAGGCGAACCGUGUGGGACAUGUGUACGCCGCGGCCUGGCGUCGUCUUGCGCCUAUUAGUAUGACAGAUCGUAUCGCUCAAUUGGAGAGACUGGUGAUAUCCCUUGUUGAUAACAACAAGACCACCAGUGUUCCAGAGUUUAGUGUUAUGUCAUCGCCAGUCACGUCCAUGCUUCCGCCAUCCCCUGGCAGACUAGCAUCUGGUGAUGCAGCGAGCUUCCAAACUCCCCGCCAUUGGGGGCAGGUACAAAUCGCGAAUAACGAAACAACAUACGUACCGGGCACUCACUGGACUGUCAUUCUUGAGGAGAUUUCAGAGCUGAAGAACAUGUUGUCCCAUGCAUAUGAGCCAGAGUCUCGCAACACCUCUCUUCCUUCAGUAUCACCACCAGAAAACAACGAGUCUGGUAUUCUCGUCGGAGGAUAUAGGCUCUCGAAUAAGCAGGAGAUCCUGGCCGCCAUUCCAUCAAAGUCCAUUGUGGAUAAACUGGUUGCGGGUUAUUUCCUUGAUCGACCCAUCGUUCCCAGUAAGUACACCCGACUUGGUUUGAGCGCAAAAGCUGAGACGAGUAGUCAUAUUGCAUGGCCCGACGUUCCUUAA